UUGGAGAAAUUAGAGAAAUUUCCUCAUUGGAGAAAUCUGCCUUCUCUAUAUUAUUCGUCACCUCGUUAGUUUCGUUUUCAGCAUCCAACUCCAUCUUUGAAGAGGAAAAGCAAAUAUAGUGAAAUAUUAAAAGUCUCGAGAAUAAUAACGUCGAUAAUGCCUGUGCUCUUCCUAAAUCAGUGAAAGUUUGUUUUGUUGCGGUUGUCCUGGAAACUAACCCUGUGAGCCAAUCCGCGCCGCCCUGACCCUCGCUCAUUAAUAUUAACAAGCAGGAUGUGCGGCGAGGCUGCUGGUGCGCAGGCGCGGAGUUCUGCCUCCAACAACAAGAAGCAGGAGCCAGGCAACAUGGCCGACCUGGGGAAGAAGUACUGCGUUAACUGCCUUGCAGACGUUACAAAUCUGCGGCUUCGCUGCACCGACUGUCCGGACAUCGAGCUGUGCCCGGAAUGCUUCUCAGCAGGUGCGGAACUCGGGAAUCACCGCAGAUGGCACGGCUACCAGCAGGUCGACGGCGGUCGGUUCUCUCUCUGGGGUCCCGAGGCGGAGGGAGGAUGGACCAGCAGGGAAGAGCAGUCGCUGCUCGAUGCCAUCGAGCAGUAUGGCUUUGGAAACUGGGUACAUCAAUUUUUAACUUAUUUACUCUACAUAUAUUUAAAAAUGCCAAAAUGACCGACCAAAGUUAAGUUUCUGUUGCUGAGAAAACAUGAACGGUAAAAGUUGUUGAGUGAAACUGUCGCUGUGACCCUUAUGAGAAACCUCAAUACACUCGGACUGUUAAAGUUAGGCGACUAAAAUUAGGCGGUAUAACUUGAGUUAAACUAUUACAGAGGACAAAUUCUAGUAUUUGCUUUCAUUAUAUGUUAUUUAUUUCAUAUUCAGUAUAAAAGUUGUAAUAUUGCUCAUUAGACAGUUGGGCUGGUAAAAAGAGCCCGAAAUAUGAGAUGACAAGGGUCACUUCGGUGUCUAGAGAUACUCAGUUAGUAUAAUUCUUUGAAAAGGGACAUAGAAAACUAAAUUGUUAAAAUAUAAGUUAAAAAAAUUUAGUUUCUAAGUAAAGCUGAGAUACAGUGAGAUAUGGGACUUCAAUAUAUGUCAAGGUAAAAACUAUGUAAGUCCUGCUGGGCCAGUAAAAGUGUGAGGCGAGUGUGUUUUAGCUUUUAUACAAGUUAUUUAAAGCAUAACCAGUAUGGAAAAUCAGGAAAAAAAAAUAUUUUACAGUUUUUAUAUUGAAUGAAAAGAGCUAAUGUUUUGUUUUAAAGCAUGUGGUAUUGAUAAAAAAAACUCAUAACCUUGAUUCAAAUGACAUGGAAGAAUGAUUUAGUCAACACCUGGUGGAUGACUUUUGAUGGGUUAGUAAGCCACUUUGUCUAAUCCCCUGAACUGUUUGGGUUAAAUAAAAUAGCACUGCGUUGGAAAAUAAGUUAUUGAAAUGAACAAAAUCACACCUGCAAAAAGGCAUUUGCAUGGAUAUAUUUGGAGAAAAACAGCCAUGAAGAGGUGCAGAUGUCUGUUUUUUUGUUCCUUAAAAGAGUUGAAAAUAUCAAAGGUUACCCAUUGAUAAAUUGUGUCAGCACUACUCUUGCCUUAUUUGGUCUUUCCUGUUGCCUUUCAGGAGGACAUGGCUGCUCAUGUGGGAGCAACCAGAACCCCUCAAGAAGUCAUGGAGCAUUACGUCACCAUGUACAUCCACGGAAACUUGGGUAAGGCAUGCAUCCCUGACAGCAUUCCCAACAGGGUGACAGACCACACAUGCCCAAGUGGGGGUCCUCUGUCUCCCAGCCUCACAACACCACUACCACCGCUGGAUAUCAGCCUGGCAGAGCAGCAGCAGCUGGGCUACAUGCCGCUACGUGAUGACUAUGAGAUUGAGUAUGAUCAGGACGCAGAAAAGCUCAUCAGUGGGCUGUCUGUGAACUACGACGAUGAGGAUGUGGAGAUAGAAAUGAAACGGGCUCAUGUGGACAUGUAUGUGCGUAAGCUCAGAGAACGCCAGCGACGCAAGAACAUUGCCCGAGACUACAACUUAGUGCCUGGGUUUCUGGGCCGAGACAAGAAAGACAAGGAGAAAGAGAAACCAGGUACGCUGGGGGUGAUUGGAACAGGUGGGGUUGGAGGGGGAGGAGCUGGAGGUGGAACUGUUGGAUCUGGAUCCAUGACAGCAGCAGGAGCAGGCCCAGUUCCAAGUACCCCCAAAAGGAAGAUCACAAAGGAAGAGAAGGAGCAGAGGGUGAGACUGAGGGGACUCUGCCAGUUCAUGGCCCAUAGGGAGUUUGAAGACUUCUUUGAGAACAUGCAUAAAGAGCGAGUGCUGAGGGCGAAGGUGCGUGAGCUGCAGCGAUACCGCCGCAAUGGCAUCACCCGCCUGGAGGAAUCUACGGAGUAUGAAGCAGCGCGCCACAAAAGAGAGAAACGCAAAGAGAACAAAAGUGUGGUUACAUCCAAACGUGGCAGCGGAGGAGGGGGCGGACUUGGCUCCGGGAUCGGACUUGGAGGAACUGGGGGAGGUGGAGGUGUGGCGGGAGGGUUGGGUGUUGGAGGGGGGAUCAAAGAAGAGGGCAAAGAUGGCGAGUUUUCUGCGAUUGAGAAUCUGACGGGCUUUGAGCUGCUGUCGGACCGGGAGAAGGUGCUGUGUAACUCUCUGAACCUCAGCCCGGCACGCUACCUGACUGUCAAAACUAUUAUCAUCAAGGAUCACCUGCAGAAAAGGCAGGGCAUCCCGGCCAAGAGCCGACUGCCCAGCUACCUGGACAAGGUGCUCAAGAAGCGCAUCUUCACCUUCCUCACAGAGAGCGGCUGGAUAUCUAGAGAUGCCUCAUAAUGAGACAUUUCCAGUAAGGAAGGAAUAGUGUAAUGGUUUACUAUACACUCUUUGGGGAGGACUAAACUGCUGUUUCUCAUCAAUAUUUCUAAGGUGACUUUGUAAAUAUGUAGAAUACAGAAAGAGGGGGAUACCCAACUGAAAAAAUAUUUUCAUACAAGAGCUAGGAGCAAAAUUCAGCUUAUAUUUCUACAUUUGGAAUUGGAUGGUGGUGAAAUACAACACUGGGUUUAAAAAUCUAUGUCUGAUGGUAACUACAAUACUUAAAAUUUUCUAUAGUUGCAGGAUUUUCUGGACCCAAUUUUGGCAGAUGAUUCACUUUGAGGUCAUAGAGAGUACGUUUACACUGUAGAUGUAGCAGGGUCUAUCAAACUUGUGCUUGUUUUUGCAACUGAAAAACUCAUAUUAUAGUCUUUUCUGAUCAAAGUAUAAAAAGAUAUAUAAAGAUAGAGGCAUCUUUACAGUCAGAUACAGCUGGUAAAUCUCUCCUCUGAAGCCACCAAACGUCAUUAACCAAUACAGCAAUUUUACUGAAACAGAAGCUGCAGGUGUGUUGCUUCUGUGAUUGGUUAAUUUUUUGUGCUACUGUGUGUCUUUGGAUUUUAAUAGUUAAUUCGUAUCCAAGACAGUGUUUGUGUAGCAGUCUGUAACAUUAUAAAGAAUUCUGAUUGAGGCAGCUGAAGCCAAGCUGUCAAUAUAUUGCAGGUUAAAUUGCUGGGUUUUUUCCUCAAUGGAGUUUGGUGCUUUUGGAGGAAGACUCGAGCAGCUGUAAUAAUCCCAGUCUUUGAAAUAAAGGUCCGUCUAAAAGUGUCCUUUGUGGCACUUUGAUUUUCAAUGAGAGCUCAUCGUCAGCAAAAACAAGUACGUUCACAGGACUACUCUGUGUAUCGGCUGCUGCCUGAAAUCCUGCACAAAAGCAGCUCAUUCUGUCGUCAUCUUGACCCAAAAAAGAUGUCAAAUUUAAAGAGAAAGCCCACCGUCCCAAUAUUACUGCUUUGCAUGUUUCCCAAAUGGUCUGUAGAACAGAUGUUACCUGCCCCUCUUUGACAGUUUGUGUUUUUAAUGUUAACCCUGCAUCUGUCUCAAAGGCAGCGCCAUAACAGCAGCAAUGGUGACUCAUUUCAUUUUCCUGCUUUUUUUUUUUUUUGUUAGAGCUGCGCUGAGCGGUGGCUACCGAGCUAUUUAAAUGUAAAUGAAGUUAUUGAAAUGGAUGUUAUUUCACAGUAGGAGCAAAAGCCCCAAAAUCAUCGAGAAAGGCGUGUGGAUAUGGAGAUUUUACCGAAGCAGGAAUAUGGCCUAGAUUCAUAUUCUGUCCCUCAUUACUAUGUCUUACUGUGGUGGAAAUUUUGGCUGAAAAUGCAAGUCAUUAGUGAAAUGAUAUCACCGUGUUUCUCCUAUCUGUGUACAAUUCUGUUUAAAAACUGCAGCUGAUUUUAAAUGAUAACUUGCUGAUAAUCUCGAUUCCUUUUACUGUCAAAAAUGCCAGCAAAAUUGUCCAUUUUUUAAAAAUCUCAGCAACACCCUCUUACCCUUUAGAUCUAUAGUGUUGUCUUUAAGCUAUUGGUACUACAUGAUAUGCUUUUUCAAUACCAUUUACAACCAUGCAUUGUAUUUUGUUUUCAUUCACUGUUAUAUGCAGGCUCAAAUGCUUAUCAAGCACCAUAUAUCUGCAAAUCCACACCUGAAAAUAGUCCCCAGCAGAAUCACUCUGAAAUACUUUUUAAGGUUAAAGCUCCUGUGAGGAACUUUGUGUCAGUUUUGGCGCCCCCUGUAGAUGAUCCAGCCUUUGCUUACUUUGUCCUCAAAGUUCUUGGGUAGUGUCUUCUUACGAAAAAUUGAAACCGACUGACUUUGGAGUCAAAUAUAUGAUAUUUCUAUGUGUACUUAUUGUGUGAAAUAUAAAAAAGGGUCUGUUUCUUCAGCUGCCUGACUGACACCUACCCCCAUUGCAACAAUUUCAGGCAUUAAAAUUAUUUUGUAUAAAUCUACACUUAUGUUGCUAAUGAUAUUGUUUAUUUUUGUAUAUCAUAAAUAGGCAUUAGUGUAGAUUUCAGCCUAUUUCACAAAUGUCAAAAAAAUCCCCCACAGGAGCUUUAACUGCCAGUUAUUUACAAAGCUCAGCUGUUUUAGGAUAGAUGUACGUCUUUUCGAUUAUAUAUUAAUGCUGUUAAUGAAUAUCACACCUUUCUUCAAAGCUGUUGGACUUCAGAUGCCUUCAGAUAAAGAAAGCUUUCACGUGUUACAAUGUGAGUUGGUUUCUCUGGGGUUUGUCGACAGUAAAAAAGAGGGUGUAUUUCCAGGCUUAUCCUAAUGUGGAGAAAAAAAUCAAAGUUUUCUCCAGGGUACAAUGGGCACAAGUUUCAAAUUCAAUGGGAUUAGUAUUGCAAAGAUACCUCGUGAUUUAAAAAUGACCCCCCAUCUUUUGUAGUCCCUGUAGCGAAUACUGAGCCUUUGCAAAGAGUGAAAUACACUCCAGACUGUAUGCUGCCACAUUUCCCUUUUUUAAUUUUUUUCAGGCUUUUUAAUCUCUAACACAAUUAACAACUUUCAGUGCAAAAAGCAGAACUAAUAUGUAGAUUUGCACAGGACUUAAACGAAAAACACACAAAGAAUAUAUAUCUUUGAAUCGUUCCUAGUCGGUCAUCUCAGUGUGUACACUUGCUCCAUGUUCAGACUAGAUUUCUAUAGAGCUGGUUCACUGAAAACACUGAUUGAGUAACAUAUCAAGCAACUGGGCUGUUCAGGGGAGUUUAGUUUUAUUUCCAAUCAAGAGCUGACCUAAAACUAACAGAUAAAUCUGACAGCUCUAAAUUUGACUCUAGGGUUUCUACAAGAGGGUGUUUUUUUCUGCAUGUGCAACCAAAUGUUCCCAAAGUGGUGUGUGUUUGGCAUUGUAUUUUUUUUCCUAUUGUGGGACACAUUUUGUAAGGGGAGGGUUUGCUUACUUAAUGUCACAAAUGUAAAUAGUUUUGUAAGAUAAACUUGAAAAAAAAGUAUAAUUACUGACUUGUGAAAUGUACAGUAUUUUGUGUCAGAAAAUUUUAUAGCUUUUGUAAUAAAAAGUAGAUUUGGAUCACAGAGAGGCAUUUUUUGAAGGUGUAGUGGUGGCAUGCUGAUGAGUCUGAUGCUGUCUAUCUGUUGAGUUGUCCUGUUACUUCGUUGUUGCAAAUAACAAGGCGUGUUUGGAGAUGUAUUAAAAGUGCAGAUACUUUAUCAUUCUGAAUAUUCUCAUUUUCACUUCAUUUUCUGAACGGUGAAAGUAAAGCUUCCCCAUCCUAACAAGAGGGGACUUGUCACCGAAGCUUGGAGAGAUCCACCAGAGAAGCAUGUCAAUUAGGUGAAAUCGCUCACAAUGAUUGCAUUCACAGAAAAACAAGUCUUUAUUUUUUAACUCUGCAGGUUUCAUUAGAGGAAAAUGAGUGUAAUUUAGGCCUAAAAGAGCAUCUCCAAAGAUUGGUAUUUUGUGAAAAAUGUCUUUAUUUUGCAAUAGCUUUGAGUUAGUAAAGCAGAA